AUGGGUGUCCUCAAACCCGACGAAGACUUGACCGGCCUCGCGCCAGCAAACCUCCUCCACACCAUCACCACCUUUCUCACAGCGCACUACCUCCUCCUCACCCUCUCCUUCCUCUUCCUCCGCGCUCUCGUCAAGAGAUAUGCCUCCCCCCUGCGGAAGUACCCCGGUCCCGUCCUGGCAUCCAUCUCCCGGCUCUGGAAAGUGAAAUCUGUCGCCUCGGGCCGGACCCAUCUCGAACAUAUCGACCUGCACCGGAAAUACGGCCCCGUCGUUCGCAUCGCACCAAACGAAGUCUCGGUCUCGUCCCCCGAGGCGGCGAGGACGCUCCUGUCAGCAGGGAAGAGAUUUUUCAAGACGGAUUUCUACGGGGUCUUCCCCCCGCCGGAGAACCCUGAUAUUUUCACCGAAACGAGGGAGGACGUCCACGCUAUGAAGAAGCGGGUGGCGAACGUGCCGUACAGCAUGGCGGCGAUGCAGCAGCUGUCGCCGUUUAUUGACGAUACCAUCGAGCUCUUGGCGACGAAAAUCAACAACCAUAUCGAGUCGUCGCCCGAUGGAGAGUUUGAUUUGGGGGAUUAUUUGCACUAUUUUGCGUUUGAUGUGCUGGGAGAGGUGGCGUUUUCGAGGUCGUUUGGGUUUUUGAAAGAGGGGAGGGAUGUGGACAACGCGAUCAAGACGAUUGAUAACAGUCAGACGUAUAAUGGGAUUGUGGGGCAGGUUCCGGAGUUGGAUUUUUUGUUGCGGAGGAAUCCGCUUUGGCAGUUUGUGCCUUGGUUGAGUACCAAGAACGCGUUGAUUACGAGGAUGGCGCUGGAGGAGAUGGGGAGGCGGCAGCCGUUUGAUAAGGAUAGGGGGGGUGGGUUGAGGGGCGGGGUUGGGGUGGACGGGAGGAGGGAUUUGAUGGCUAGUUUGAUACAGGGGCAUUUGAGGGAUAAGGAAAGGUUUGGGGUGGGGGAUGUUUUUGCUGUGGCUCAUGGGGCCAUCUUUGCGGGAUCGGACUCGACGGCGUCGACGAUGCAGAGCUUCUUUUGGCAUAUUUUGGAUUCGAAGCCGGUUUACCAGGCGUUGCUGAGGGAGAUUGAGAACGCGGUGAACACGGGGGUAAUCCCGGCCGAGGGGAAUAUCACCUGGAAUCAGUCGCAGAGUUUGGAUUACUUGCAGGCCUGUCUCAAGGAAGCGAUGAGGGUGAGGCCGGCGGUGGGGCUCAACAUUACGAGAUUGGUCCCGCCUGAGGGUGCGGAGCUGGAUGGACAUUUCUUCCCUGGAGGCACCACCAUCGCGGCGAACGGGUGGGUGCUACAUCGUGAUAAGGAGACGUUUGGGCAAGAUGCAGACGAUUUCAGACCUGAGCGGUGGUUGGAGGACGAGGAGAAAGCGAAGAAGAUGGAGAGGUAUAUGUUUCAGUUUGGGGGUGGAAGCCAUCUGUGUAUUGGGCGGAACUUGGCGCUUCUGGAAAUCAACAAGGUGAUUCCACGGUUGUUGAGGGACUACAGGUUUGAGCUGGCGCACCCGGGCCAACCGCUCAAGGCCAAUGCGUCUUUCUUUGUGGUGCAAUCAGGAUUGGAGGUGUUUAUCAAGAAGGCUUAGGAAAACCUUCCUUCGUGUGUAACUGGGUGUUGAAGGGGUUAUGUGUACAUAUAUGGUGUCGUUUUCCAGCGUAUUAGUUGCCACCAACUGUUUCACCUGUAUGCAUGGCCCUUGGGGAAAUGAUGAGUGAUCGG